CAAAGCCGAUCAAUCCGGGCGGCGCGGGGGUGGGGGACGACCCAGCGGGGCUUCCCUUGCACUCCUCGCCUCCUCCGGCCCCCUCAGUAGGACCCAGCCGACACCUAGUCUGGCUUCCACCGCCCGCCCCCUCUAACCGCCCCCCCCCCAAAAGCCCAGACCCCCCCUAUCCCGGGGCUAGGGGAGACCUGCCUUACGCGGCCAGCAGAGCAAGAGCCCCAAGCCGGGAGAAACUGACGUCGCCGCAGGGUCGGUCAGUCCCCUCCCACCUCCUCCCCUUCCACAGCUCCACGAGUCUCUCCUCCCCCCCAACCCCAGAAGUUCGGGGGGGCCCUCUCGGCCUCCCGCGCUCCGGCCGCCGGAACCUCAGCCUCCGCGGAGCAGCCACCUCGGCCCGGGAAGAUGGCGAGAAGGAGCGGCCCCCGCCUGCUGCUGCUGCUGCUGCGCUACCUCGUAGUCGCCCUGGGCUAUCAUAGAGCCUAUGGAUUUUCUACCCCAAAAGAUCAUCAAGUAAUCACAGCAAUAGAGUAUCAAGAGGCUGUUUUAACCUGUCAGUACCUAAAGAAGACCAUGGAUUCCAGGUUAGAGUGGAAGAAACUGGGGGAGAGUGUCUCCUUUGUCUACUAUGAACAGGCUCUUAAAGGUGAUUUUAAAGAUCGAGCUCAGAUGCUGGAUUUCAACAUCAGGAUCAAAAAUGUCACAAGAAAUGAUGCUGGGAAAUACCGCUGUGAAGUUAGUACCCCCUCUGAGCAAGGCCCAAGGCUGGAAGAGGAUACCGUCACUCUGGAAGUGUUAGUGGCUCCAGGAGUUCCAUCCUGUGAAAUACCCAACUCUGCUCUGAGCGGAACCGUGGUGGAGCUGCGAUGUCAAGACAGAGAGGCGAAUCCAGCCCCUGAGUACACGUGGUUUAAGGAUGGCAUCCGUUUGUUAGGGAGUCCAGAACUUGACGCCCAAAGCACCAACAGCUCGUACACAGUGAAUACAAAAUCUGGAACUCUGCAAUUCAAUACUGUUUCAAAACUGGACAGCGGCGAAUACUCCUGCGAAGCCCGUAAUUCCGUCGGAUCUCGCAGGUGCCCUGGGAAGCGAAUGCAAGUAGAUGAUCUCAACAUAAGUGGCAUCAUAGCAGCUGUAGUAAUUGUGGCCUUGGUGAUUUCUGUUUGUGGCCUUGGCGUGUGCUACGCUCAGAGGAAAGGCUACUUUUCGAAAGAAACCUCCUUCCAGAAGAGCAGUUCUGCAGCCAAAGCCACCACAAUGAGUGAAAAUGAUUUCAAGCACUCAAAAUCCUUUAUAAUUUAAAAGAAUUCCCCUUUGAGAAACACCAGUACCACAGUUGUUACACAAGUUAUUUAAAGAUUAUAAAACUCUGCUUUGUCUUACAUUUGCGAAGAGGUACAUAAGGAGAUGAAGUUGGUAUUUCAUUAAAAGUUUUAUAAACACUAAAUCACUUGAAAUUGUUAUUUUAAACAAAUAGUUCGGGGCUCCUGGUCAAGAUGGCGGAGUGAGUAAAUGCUGUACUUGCCUCCUCCCACAACCACAGCAAAACUACAACUAAAGUACAGAACCACCACCACUGAAAACCACCUGAAGUCCAGCUGAAGAGGAGCCCUGUAAGUAAGGACAUGCAGAAACUACUGCAGACUGGAAGGAGGGGCAGAGACGCAGGACGGGCUGGGCCCACACCCAUAUGUGGCAGUUAAAAAUCGGGAGGGGUGUCUCAUCUACAGAGGUCCCCGCUGAGGAGCAAGGGGCCACGGCCCCACACCAGGCAUCGAGCCCAAGGUUCCAGUGCCAGGAAGAGAAGCCCCCAUAACUCCCGGCUGUGAAAACCAGCAGGGAUUGUGGCUCAGUGCGGCAAAGAGCUUCUAGAGUCCCAGGCGUUCCUCGUAAAAGCCCACACAUGGACUUACUAGGACUCACUCGCUCUGAGCUCCAGUGAGUGCUGGGUCAGCAGCACUGAAGGACAUACAGAAACUGAGUAGUCUGGCAUCAGGGCAAGAGCUGGAGGGGCAGCUUUCUCCCAGACAAAGGUGUGGGCAGAGGCCAUUGUUCCUUUGCUUGGCCCACCCCACCACAGAGCUGGCAGGCAUUUCUGAGUCUCCGUUCACCUUGCCCUGGUGAGUCUGAGACCAGGCCACCCAACUUCCGGGCCCAACCAAGCCAAUUCCAGUGGCUUUUCCAUACAAAUAGCCUGUCUUGGCUCAUGGUUCAAACUUUCCUAAAAUCUCUCAAAAGUUCAUAAACCCCAGACAUGCUGGUCUUGGCAUGCCCCGUGCCUCUUGGUAAGCAACCCUAAGCCCAACACUAGUGACAGCCAGCCUCAGCAUGCAGCUUAACCUCUCCCAGGCAUCUCCAAGCCCAGCAAAGUGGCAGUCAUCUACAGAUCAUCUUGUGGCUCACACCAAGUGGCCCUGAACCAGCACCCCCAGUGGCCAGCUUCCAACCACACCAGACCACCACCCAACCACCUUCACAAACGAGGCACUGAAUGGACGGACCUGGCAGACACCAGAUCCCUGCUGAAGCAGAUCUGCUGCGUACGGUCAGCCUGUGCACAACAGCUGCUCCAUUGUAGUCAUGGUCGGUCAGUCCUCACAGCCAAUCAGUCCCUCCCAUUGACAUGUCAACAGCAAUCCCUCAACUACAACAGGAGGGCACAUAAAUUCCACACAAGGGACACACCUGGAGCACCCGGCUCAGGUGACUAGGGAGAUGGCACCACUGGUCCCUACAGGGGACCUAUUACGUAAGGCUGCUCUAUCAAGACUGGGAGACAUUGCAGCUCUGCCUAAUACGUAGAAACAAACACAUGGAGGCUGCCAAAAUGAAGCGACAGAGAAUCAAAUGCCAAAUGAAAGUGCAGAACAAAACUCCAGAGAAAGAUGUAAACAAAAUGGAGACAAGCAAUCUACCAGAUGCAGGGUUCAAAACACUGGUUAUAAGAAUGCUCAAUGAUCUCAGUGAGAACUUCAACGAAAAGAUAAGAGACAUAAAAAUGGUGAUAGAAAACAGAAAGAACCAGUCAGAAAUGAAGACUACAAUAACCAAAAUGGAUACAUUAGCAGGAAUCAAAACUAAAUUAGAUGAAGCAGAAGACUGAAUCAGUGAUUUGGAAGAUAAGGAACCAGAAAAUGCCCUAUCAUAACAGCAAAAAGAAAAAAGAAUCCAAAAAAAUGAGGCUAGUUUAAGGGAGCUCUGGGACAACAUCUAGUGCACCAACAUUCGCAUCAUAGGGGUACUGGAAGAAGAGAGAGAGCAAGAAAUUGAAACCUAUUUGAAAAAAUAAUAACAAAAGACUUCCCCAAGCUGAUGAAGGAAAUAGACGUAGAAGCCAAGGGAGUGCAGAGAGUCUCAAACAACAUAAACCGAAGAGGACCCCACAGAGACACAUCAUAAUUAAAAAGGCAAAGGUAAAGACAAAGAGAGAAUCUAAAAAGCUGCAAGAGAAAAGCAGUUAGUUAUCUACAAGGGCCUGUCAGCUGAUCUGUCAACAGAAACUCUGAGGGUCAGAAGGGAUUGGCAUGGAAUACUCUAAGUGGUGAAAAGCAAGGAACUACAACUGGGUAGAUUACUCUACCCAUCAAAGGUAUUGUUUAGAAUGGAAGGACAGAUAGAGCUUCCCAGACAAGAAAAAGUUAAAGGUUAACAGUUAAAAGUUAUCACCACCAAACCAGUAUUACAGAAGUGUUAGAGGGACUAGGAGGA